CUACAGCACAUCCAAGAGGUCAUACGAGAUACCAUCACACCUUUUUGGGUGAGCUCAGUGCCGCUUAACUACGGGGAAGCCAGUGCGGGGACCCUCAAAGCGGAUGAAUGGCGUGUUCUGGCUACGAUCUAUUUCCCCCUCGCGCUGGUCAGCCUUUGGGGUCGCAUGCCAACAAAGCAUGACGGAGCAAUCGACACGUUGUCCGCAUCUGUGCCUCCCUCCCCGCACGAAGCCUUGGAUACUACCAUGAAGCUAGUAUCUGCUGUUUACCUUCUUUGCAAACGCACGACUUCACACUCAUGCGCUGAGAAGUACUGUCACUAUGUCGCCCAAUGGUUAUGCGGCAUACAAAAGCUCUAUCCCAGCAAGUAUUCCCACCGGACAAACAACCAUGUGGCGUUCCAUAUCUACGACUUCCUGAGGCUUUUUGGACCUGUAUACUUGUGGUGGUGCUUCCCCUUCGAACGUCUCAUCGGACGUCUUCAACGGAUUCCUCACAACGACAAGAUUGGUAAGUUUUACCGCUCUGAUUGGUUUCACCGGUGUUUACUCACUUCCUCAUCAAUCCUGCAGGCGAGGCAGAAGUUACCAUGUUACAGUCUUUUCUGA